AUGGGGUUAUCGAAAGGGGCUCCAGAUGGGUUGGAAGGCCGUUCUCUUACGUGUAAUUUUGCCAUUGCCGUAGGAGCCAUCGAGGACUGGGCACUUGUGGCAAAAGAAUCUGUACAGGAAGUAGCUCGGUCAAACCUUCUGGGCCUAGACUGCGAAUGGGUGACUAAAUCCACCACAAACAUUCCCACCAAGGGCAUGUUGAAACGGACCAAGUUUGUUUGGAAAAGAAAUAUGGUAUCACUUCUCCAGCUGGCACCCAGUGAUCGCUUAUCUGUUUUGCCUCGUCUAAAUCUCAUGAAGGUGCCUCAGGAAAUUCUGGCUUGCAAUGAGGUUAUUAAAGUUGGUGUCGCUGUACUUGAUGGUGCCAAAAAGCUGUUUGACGACUACGAAAUCAUGGUAAAAGGCUGUCUAGACCUCCGAUAUAUGGCUAGCUACUGGCAGUCUAAAGUAUCUGACCCCUAUAUCGAGGACUUCUCAUUGGCCGGAUUGGCUCGUCGCUUCUCUGGCAUCGGGCUGGACAAAGAGGAUAAACUGCGCUGUGGAAACUGGGAGGCUCCGACGCUCUCAGAGGCUGAAGUGGCACCUGACGGAGAAGUUCUGUGCAGUACAGACGAGGUCAAGUUGAACUGCUAUCUAAAAAUGAAACUCGGUCGAGUUGUCUCUGAAGAGCCUUUCACUGUGCAGCUUAACUUUGAGCCACGCUGCCGCGCCACUCUCGGUAGCGAAUAUUACGUCGACGAAAAAGUCAGUGAAUGCGUUGUAUGUGGAGCAAGAGAGCACUUGCUUAAAAAGAACAUUGUCACACAGCAAUACCGAAAACUUUUCCCUUAUGAAAUUCUUAUUAUUAUUAAUAUUAUGAAAUCGCAUACUUCUCAUGACAUGGUGCUGCUCUGUAUUCAGUGUCAACUAAAGUACACGCGUGCAGAGGCAGCCCUUAUGGAGGAACUGGACAAGGAUUGCUUGCCCGACAUUACUAUAUCUAACUUUCAAGGCGUGAAGAUGGCAGCAAUGGCACUGUUGAAAGCUGCUGACAGGUUGAAAUCCGAUAAGAAGGCCAUGUUUGAGCAGAUAUUGCGGGAGCAUCCGGGUUUCACAGACGGAACUUUGCCCCUCACAGAAGAACAGCUCAGGUCUGCAGCAAGUAUAAACGUUUCUCAAUGGCUGCGAAACAACAAGGUAACGCACGGAUCGCGUGUGGUCAAACGAUAUAGUUCGGCGGGCGGUCCAGAACUAUUCGAGUUAGAGAAACUUUGGCGACGUCAUUUUCUUGACACAAUGAAACCUAAGUACUUGUCACCGAAAUGGUCUGGCUACAGGGCGAGACCUUUCUGGCUAUAA